AUGCCAUUAUUCAAUAAACCCUCUUGGGCUGCAAAGACAGCAGAAACCAAAGAUGAAUUUUAUUCGCGAUCCGAACACACCUACUCCGAUAUUGUUGCAGCCAACAAGGCGUACAAGAAAUCAAGAUCCACUCCUAAGACAGCAGAAGCUCAUAGGAAAUCCGAAGAGGCGAACAGUGAUACCAGAGAAUCGAAAAGGUCCCGCCUUUCAGAGCAGUCGUUCGAGGAAGAAACCACAGAAAGCAUCCCUCCUACAUCUCCAAUUGGAAAACAGAAAAGUCCAAAAAAGCACCACUCACCUCUCAUUUCUCUUGAAAAGACAUCCUUCAAGGUGCCGGAGGGCUCAAGCUCGGCCGUGGAAGAAGAAUCUUCACAAAAUCCGCUCUCAGAAGUCCCAACCGCCUUGACAGCAACGGCUCGCGCAGAUCUUGUUGUGUCAACCAAGCCCCAACUGCAUGAUUCAUCAACGCCGACACAGACUCGAAGAAUCGAUGAUACCAAAAUCUUGCCACGUGAGAUACCAUCGAUAUUGCCAUCUAAAAUGCCCGCCGACCCAGCAACCCCUGUGGUGGAGGACAUUGCCGUUCAAAUUCUCAUUACCUCCGACAUUCCAAACGUCAAACCGUUGAUCGUUCACCGGAAAAUAUCCCAGGGGCUUCGGGAAGUACGUUUAGAAUGGUGCAGACGCCAAGGGUUCACUUCAGAAACACAAUCAGCUAUCUAUCUUACCUGGCAAGGUCGACGCCUGUUUGACGUGACAACGUGCAGGAGCUUGGGUAUAAAGACAGCGGAGCCUGACUCAAUUCUGAGUAUGGACGAUGACUUUGAAGCAGACCAGAAGAAAUUGCAAAUCCAUAUGGUAGCUGUCACCGAGGAUCACCUCAUCCUCAAUCGACCUGGGCUUUCAGAGCCAGGCGAGCUUACCCCAAAACCAAAAAGCCCCGAGGUUGAGCAAACCGAGGACAAUGAGCCGAUGAAGUUAACACUUCGUAGCCCUGGAUUGAAUGACUUGAGAAUCAAAGCAAGACCGAAGACUUUGGUGUCCAAACUCAUUUCUGUUUUUCGAUCUAAACAAAAUAUCUCGGCUGAUCAGGAAAUAUUCCUUGUCUUCGAUGGAGACCGACUGGACUCUAACACAUGUCUUCAAGAUCAUGAGAUUGACGAUCUUGAUUUACUGGACGUCCAAGUCAAACCAUAA